UAAACCUGGAACACGUAAAGCAAAGUGUCAUAAACAGUUUGCGACCGUUCAUAUUACUGUUUAGCAAUGAAUUAAGUAAUUCAGGUGCAUUGAACGACAUGUUCUAAUACAAGUGAUUGUUGGUUAUACAUAAAGUUUCAUGAGAAGAAAUGAAUGUUCUAUUGUUUACCAUUGAUUGAACAACCUUCUGGUCGUUUCAUGAUGGAACAUUUUUUCAAUGAUUAGAAAGUGAUGUUUACUAUAACUAUAGAAAAAACUGUACUACCUCAUAUCAAAGCACAGGGAUAAGACCAAUCAUGUUGCUCAACUCAAAUCCGCUCAGAUUUAUUAAAACUGGAUCAAGCCUGUACCGUUUCGCUCGUUCAUUUAGCACGGUUCAAAAGCGAAUCUGCAUCGUCGGAGCAGGGCCAGCCGGUUUCUACGCAGCACAGUACAUUCUGAAACAUUUGGAUAAUUCACAGAUUGACAUCGUCGAUAAGCUGCCGGUGCCAUUCGGGCUUGUGAGGUUUGGCGUUGCGCCUGAUCACCCCGAGGUGAAAAAUGUUAUCAAUACUUUCACAAAGACCGCUGAAAAUGGGCGAGUCCGUUUUAUGGGAAACUUAUCGCUUGGAAAGGAUUUCACUGUUGAAGAAUUACGAAACAAAUAUCAUGCAGUUUUGCUAACAUACGGAGCAGAAAAAGAUCGCCAACUAAAUAUUCCUAAUGAAACAAUGCGGAAUGUAAUUUCAGCACGAGAAUUCGUUGCCUGGUAUAAUGGUCUUCCAGGAUUCGAAAAUUUCCGGCCUGACUUAAGUGGUAGUACUCUCACUAUAUUAGGACAAGGUAAUGUAGCUGUCGAUGUAGCGCGAAUUGUGUUAUCCUCAGUCGAUGACCUCAAGAAAACGGAUAUAACCGAAUAUGCGCUAGAGGCACUUUCCCAAAGUAAAAUAAAAAACGUGCUGCUUGUAGGGCGACGUGGUCCCUUGCAAGCGGCAUUUACUAUCAAAGAGCUCAGAGAGAUGCUUAAACUUCCUAACUGUAAGACUACCUGGAGGGAGGAGGACUUUCAAAAUGUAGCCGAAUCAAUACCUGCACUUCAACGACCCAAGAAGCGGAUUACUGAACUCAUGUUGAAAAGCUUAUCGGAGCAGUCAACAUCCACAGGUUCGGUAGGUAGUUUCCUACCCAUAUUCUAUCGGUCUCCAGUAAACGUCAUUGGCAAUGACUGUGUUGAGGCAAUAGAAUAUACCAUCAACAAAUUAGUCGAUAACAAAGCGGUUUCCACGGAUGAAAAAGAAACGAUUGGAACUGAUUUAGUUUGCCGCAGUAUCGGAUAUGUGUCGACGAAUGUUGAUAAGGAUGUAAAUUUUGAUGAUCGAAAAGGAUGCAUCGCAAAUGUAGCAGGUCGAGUCCUCAAAAAAGCCCUAACUGGAAGCGACAGCACUAUUGAUGACAUUGAAGACAAAUAUGAAAAGGGUCUGUACGCUUCGGGUUGGUUAGCAACUGGUCCCACCGGAGUUAUACUGUCAACGAUGAAUAACUCAUUCGGUGUGGCUGAUCUGAUUUGCAAGGAUUUUCAAAACAAUGUCAUUCGAGCGACGGAAGUAAAGCCAGGAUUGCAGGUAAUAGGGCACCAAGUGGUUAGCUGGAAUGGAUGGAAAGCAAUUGACCAGGAAGAAUGCAGAAGAGGCACCGAAAAAGGCAAGCCUAGAGAGAAGAUUGUUAGUUUAGAGGAAAUGUUACGAAUUGCAGAUGGGAAAUAAGCUGUACGUAAUGGGGCUAUGAUUGUAUAAGUUUUGUUAAUUUUUGCUCUAUGAGUCUCCGUUAAAAAAAAAUCUACUAGGCUAUGGAGCCUAGUCAAACUUUUUUUUCCAUAUUUGGUGCUGAUUCUGAUAGUUUUAAUAAAACAGUA